GUGCCGCAGCUGACUGAGACCUCGCGUCUUCUGCGCACACGCACGGCAGCGAGCUGACAGUCAGAUAUGACUGUCCAGAAACUGGUAGCCACAGCUGUGUUGGUAGCCCUGGUCUCGCUCAUUCUCAACAACGCGGCUGCCUUCACUCCCAACUGGGUGUACCAGACGCUGGAGGAUGGGCGCAAGCGCAGCGUGGGGCUCUGGAAGAUGUGCUGGCUGGUGGAGAAGGGCCGAGCGGGCACGGGCGCCCGGCACGGGCACGGGGAGGAGCGCGAGUGCGAGGGCCUGGGCUGGGGCUCCGAGUCCGCCGGCUUCCAGGAGUCCCGCAGCACCGUCAAACUGCAGUUCGACAUGAUGCGUGCCUGCAACCUCAUCGCCAGCGUGGCCCUCGCCGCCGGCCAGAUCCUCUUCGGCCUCGGCCUGCUGGAGCUGCCCCUCGUUUCCCAGGACACCCAGUGGUGGGAGGAGGCCAUCGCCGCCGUCUUCCAGCUUGCGAGUUUCGUUCUGGUUAUUGGCCUGGUGACUUUCUACCGCAUCGGCCCGUACACCAACCUCUCGUGGUCCUGCUACCUGAACAUCGGAGCGUGCCUUUUGGCCACGCUGGCGGCCGCCAUCCUCAUCUGGAACAUCCUGCACCGGCGCGAGGACUGCAUGGCGCCGCGCGUCAUCGUCAUCAGCCGCACGCUGACCGCGCGCUUCCGCCGCGGCCUCGACAACGACUACGUGGAGUCGCCCUGCUGA